AUGACCCAAUCUGUAGUAUCCAAACCCGUAAUCGUGGUCGGGUCAGGCCUGGCCGGACUCUCGGCCGCGUAUGAGGCGCUCAAGGCCGGUGCAUCGGUCCGGAUGCUGGACCGCGCGCCUAAGCCGGGCGGGAACAGUAUCAAGGCGUCCUCGGGUAUUAAUGGCGCAGGCACGCCAUAUCAGCGCGCAGCAGGUAUCGCCCAGGACGAUCUAUUCUUUGCGGAUACCGUUCGGUCGGCGGGCCGGAGGUUCCGGGAGGCGGCAGAAACGGGAGAAUCGCCGGUCGUCGAUCGAGAGGCCUUGAUCACAAAGCUUACAAGUCAGUCCGCUGGGGCGGUCGGUUGGCUCGCUGAUGAGUUUGGUAUCGAUCUCACCGUCGUGGCAACCCUGGGUGGCCAUUCUUUGGCACGAACGCACAGGGGCGCCAAGUCGACGCCUGGCUUCGCUAUUGUCAGCGCCAUACUGCAAAAGCUCGGGGAGAGCGACAAAUUCCAGCUCAUCAAUUCAGCCGAAGUGCUGUCUUUGAAUGUCGACGGUGAGAAUGAAGCCGUCACGGGCGUCCGGUACACACAUGAAGGGCAGACACGAGAUCUCGAGGGCUCCGUGGUAUUCGCCGCAGGCGGGUUCGCCGGUGACGCCAGCGGCCUAAUGGCAAAAUACCGCCCCGAUCUUGUCGGGUACCCGUCCACCAACGACGAGCGGCCCGGGUCGCACCACAUUCUUGAGGCGGUUGGUGCCGUCUUCGUCGACAUGGACAGCGUCCAGAUCCAUCCGACCGGCUUCGUCGACCCCAAGGACCCCGAGGCCAGAUACAAGUUCCUAGCCGCCGAGGCACUCCGCGGUGAAGGUGGCAUUCUCCUCAAUCACCGAGGCCAGCGCUUCGUCAACGAGUUGGAGACGCGGGCGCAUGUUAGUGACGCUAUCCAAAAGCUCUCUCAGUCGCAGGCCUACACGCAGAGCCGCCAGUGGGAUGUGACACUCGUCCUGGAUCCCGGCGCCAGCGAGGCCGCACAGAGCCAUCUGGGCUUCUACAUUUUCAAAGGGCUCAUGGAAAAGAAGAAGAUCAAGGACUUGGAGCCCGACAUUAUUGAAUCAAUUGACAAAUACGCAGCAGCUGUCAAAUCUGGCCAAGAUGCCGAGUUUAGCCGCAAGUCGUUUGGUCAUUGGACACUUGCCCCUGGGGAGGAGAAUCGCGAGCAAGAAAUAUGUGUCGGCAAAGUCACCCCCAUCACACACUUUACCAUGGGUGGCGCGGCCUUUAAUACGGAGACGCAGGUUCUCACGAAAGACAAGACUCCCAUUGUUGGUCUCUGGGCCGCAGGUGAGAUUACGGGUGGUAUUCAUGGCGACAACCGGUUAGGAGGAUCAUCAUUACUUGAGUGUGUCGUAUUUGGAAGGGAGGCUGGAUUGCAGGCGUCGAAAGCAACAAUUCGGAAAUAA